AUGAAUUUCGCUCAGUCAACCAAUUCAUGCAAGUCAAAGUUCAGAAAAGUUGGUUUCGAAACUUAAAGAUUCAACGCAAGAUCAAAAUGUCUGGAUUUCUGUUGCUGAGCUGCAUUUUAGUUGUCUUUUUUUGCGUCGAUGUUUCGAAACAAGACGUCAGGUCGGUGAUCGAGACACCCGAUAUUGCUGCAAAAGUCUACGAUAAAUUAUUUCACAGAGCUAAGAGGUCAGUGCCUGGUUCUAAGGACUUGGAUGAUCUUCGUGUGGACGCGGCGGCCGAUUUGGUCAAAUCACCUGCUUCGUCGGAGGACGAUCCCAAAACAGAUGCAGAUAUUCCUAUAACGAAACCGAAUGGAACCAACGAAGCUCCUGAGGAAAAGAUAAUCGACUGCACUGAAGAUGUUCUACGAGACGCAAAGUUGAUAUUAGGAACGCCGUUUAACAUUCCGAAAAACGAUAAUGAAUCGAGACUUGCUAGUAUCAAAAAUGCAAUUGAGCAGUACGAUUGCAAGAAGACAGGAGCAAGAUCUGCCGUGAACAAUCUAACGGACACCUAUAGCAGCACAUAUUGUAUCGAUAGCAAGAAUGGCAAUGCCAAUGUAACUCAACUUGCUGUGAAGAAAUGGCUGGAGUCGACAUACAAAUACCCAGGCGAAGCAGCAAACGUGUCGGGAAAAAGUGUCUGCGAAGCAGAAAACAAAAUCAGACACAACAUGUUUUUGCGGCUGGCCGGAAAGAACACAAAAAACAUACUUUGCGCAAAAACUAAAGAGAAUACGAUCGUGCGGUGUGUUUUUGAGCCAACUACAGCCAUAAGUGAACUGGAAAUAACUAGUGAACUUUUCGAUGACGAGCUCUAUUGCAAAUACAUGAAUGGCUCUGACUUCCCCGGACUGGGUUUGUGUGAGGCAAACAAUAAUACGACACCGGAUUGCGACUCUUUGGCUCAGUUUUUGAAAAACUACCAGCUAAGAGGAAAUCCAGACGUUUUCUUUUCGCUGGGAAUCACAUUUGUGGUGACGAGUUUGGUCAAAGUGAUUUUCUAGAACGGCGAAAAAGGUAAAAUGAAUGAAAUGGAAGCGAAUGGAACGACCAAGAAGAAUUUCGUGCUUUGAACUGAACAAAACAAUGAACUCUGCUAAAAAAAAUCAGGCAAGGAUCAAGUUGCUUUAUCAACGGGAGUUAAAUUAGAUAGUACAUUAUAUAAUCGAGCGCUUCAGAUUUAUUUUUCUUUGCAUCUGAAUAAUGAAUGCAUCAAAUCAAUUUAAUAACUGCUUGAGUCGUAACUGCGUGAUUAUUUUGGUGGUUGUGAAAUGUUUGUUAGAGGAUUUUUGCAGCAUCGGCAAAUUGCUACCAGAAAUUUGAUCAAAUUAAUUAUUUAAUUCGCUUAAUCAAACUUUCUUUGUAAAUUUACAGAACAAAUAAGGUUUUUCUACUAAAUAAAGAGUUGUUCUUCCUUUCCUGCUAAUAGGCGAAGCUAUAAUUUUUCAGGAAGUUAUUGCAGCAUUUGGAAGUUUAUGAUCCUAAAAUUCACAUGUUCGCGUGACCUGAGAGAUUUUAUGAAGUUACGGAAGAACCAAUACAUGAUUUGUAAAAAUUCAAAUUUGUCUUUGGGAUAGUUUACAAUUGCUGAAUAACAUGUCAUUUUGAAAGAGCUGUAAAAAUUUUGUCUCAUAAUUUAUUGCGAUGUUGACGGGACCAAUUAAAUGAAUUUAACAUUUUAAUUA